GAACAAUCCAAUUGUGUCCCAUACUCGGGUUUAAGGUCACGAUUCACGCAACCGCAUCGGACGGAACCUUUCAUGGAGACGGCGGCGGUGGUAAGUGACGCGAGGAAGGUCCCUCGUCCUGGGCGCGGCGGCGUGGUGUCCCACGGGCUGUCGGAGGAGGAGGCUCGAGUCCGCGCAAUAGCCGAGAUCGUGAACAACAUGGUGGAGCUAUCCCGCAAGGGCAAGGAUGUGGACCUGAACGCUCUCAAGUCAGCCGCUUGCCGGAAGUACGGACUCUCGCGGGCUCCCAAGCUAGUAGAGAUGAUUGCGGCGUUGCCGGAUUCGGAGCGGGAAACAUUGCUCCCAAAACUCCGCGCCAAGCCUGUCCGUACCGCAUCUGGUAUUGCUGUGGUGGCCGUCAUGUCGAAGCCCCACCGGUGCCCUCACAUAGCCACCACUGGGAACAUUUGUGUUUACUGCCCGGGCGGCCCGGAUUCUGAUUUUGAAUACAGUACUCAAUCGUAUACAGGCUACGAGCCCACCAGUAUGAGAGCUAUUCGAGCAAGGUAUAAUCCCUAUGUCCAGGCUAGAGGCAGAAUUGAUCAACUCAAGAGAUUGGGUCACAGUGUCGAUAAGGUAGAAUUCAUCUUAAUGGGAGGUACUUUUAUGUCGCUGCCAGCAGAUUACAGAGACUAUUUUAUCAGGAAUCUUCAUGAUGCUUUGUCAGGGCACACUUCUGCUAAUGUUGAAGAAGCUGUUGCUUACUCAGAGCAUGGUUCUGUAAAAUGUAUCGGAAUGACUAUUGAAACGAGGCCAGAUUACUGCCUUGGACCACAUUUGAGGCAGAUGCUUUAUUAUGGCUGCACACGUUUGGAAAUUGGAGUUCAAAGCACAUAUGAGGAUGUUGCUCGUGACACAAACAGAGGUCACACAGUGGCAGCUGUGGCGGAUUGCUUCUGCCUGGCAAAAGAUGCUGGUUUCAAGGUAGUUGCUCACAUGAUGCCUGAUCUUCCUAAUGUUGGGGUUGAGAGAGACAUGGAGAGUUUUAAGGAAUUUUUUGAAAGUCCUAUGUUCAGAGCUGAUGGGCUGAAGAUUUAUCCCACACUAGUUAUUCGUGGCACUGGGCUCUAUGAACUCUGGAAAACUGGAAGGUAUAGAAACUAUCCCCCAGAACAGCUGGUUGACAUUGUUGCCCGUAUCCUUGCAAUGGUACCCCCAUGGACGCGUGUUUAUAGAGUUCAACGGGACAUUCCUAUGCCUUUAGUGACCUCAGGAGUUGAGAAGGGGAAUCUUCGUGAAUUGGCCUUAGCUCGGAUGGAUGAUCUUGGCUUGAAAUGCCGAGAUGUUAGAACACGUGAAGCUGGAAUCCAGGACAUUCACAACAAAAUAAAACCAGAGGAAGUGGAACUUGUUCGUCGUGACUAUACAGCAAACGAGGGCUGGGAAACUUUUCUUUCGUAUGAAGAUACACGUCAGGACAUACUUGUGGGUUUACUUCGCCUGAGGAAAUGUGGACAGAAUGUGACAUGCCCAGAGCUGACAGGGAGGUGUUCAAUAGUAAGGGAGCUUCAUGUAUAUGGGACUGCAGUCCCAGUGCACGGGCGUGAUGCGGACAAGUUGCAGCACCAGGGGUAUGGGACCUUGCUCAUGGAGGAGGCCGAACAGAUUGCUAGGAGGGAGCACCGGUCUAAAAAGAUUGCUGUCAUUUCUGGCGUCGGGACUCGCCAUUACUAUAGGAAGUUGGGUUAUGAGCUAGAAGGUCCUUACAUGGUGAAGUGCCUUUCAUGAGAUUUGUAUUGAUCAUCAUCAUCAUCAGCGAAGAAGAAGAAGAAGAGGAAAGAACAUAAUUAAACCUAGGAAACAGUAAUAUUAUUGCGAUGAGUGUAGUGUCAAUUGCAAUGUACCAGGUGUGACCGAUAUAAUAGGAGAUCAAACUAUGAGCCCAAAUCAUGAGAUGCAAUGUGCCAAACAAGCACAAAACACAAAAGGCCUAAAGCCAUUAGUCCAAAACUUUUGCAUCAAAACUCCAAAAACUUGGAACAUGAAGAAGUGGAGAGAGAUUCCCAAAUACAAAUGUUUUGACCAUGUUGCGUGCCAACCUUCGUAUGUAUGACCAUAAAGUGUAAUUGUUGAA